UAUAAUCGUAUAAUAAAUAUUCAGAUGAUUUCGAUAGAUAUUAUCCGGUUAAUAAAUCACGGUAACAACGUAAUGUUAAUAAACAACUACGGCGGUAACGAGGUAACGGUUAAUUCAUUCGAGGGAAAAGCGAGAUUCGAAUUGCGCGGCAAAACCGGCAGCGUGUGCCAGUGUUGACAUGGCAGAGGAGGACAGCAGCACGUCCGACGAGAGCUUGGACGUGACGAGUGAGAAAUUUGAUCCCCUGAAAGCUUUGUACUCGGCCAAGUCGAUCUCGAACAAGAAAGCUCCUGUGUACGACAAUGUCUCCAAGUUCGAGGCCGUAUUGUCGGGUUUAUCCGGUCGAUCUAAAAAAAAUGUGCCGAGUGACGUCGGGCAAGGGGAAAGUUCGAGGCGACGAUUUUUACCCCAUCAAGAGCCCGUGGCCGGCACGAGACCCGGACGAACAUGGAUCCUAGAAGGGAGGAACGUCCUCUCGAAAAUGCAGAACGCCCUCGGCCCGCUGGGACUGCUCUACGAGUACAUGGAGAGCCGGACCCGAGUGAAGGUCUACACGAGGAACGCGCGCGGCAUAAGGGGACACGUGGAGGCAUACGUGGCCGCCUUCGACAAGCACUGGAACCUCGCGCUCGAGGACUGCUUCGAGGUUUGGACCCGUCCAGUCAAGAGGAAAGCGCCUGCCCUCGGCGUGCCUGCGAGCCCGGCGACGGCGAAGGAUGAAUCCGCGGGCAGAGCGGUCGUGACGAAGAUCGAGGGGAAGAGGGAGACCUUGGAGAGACACGUGCCGCAAAUGCUGCUGAGGGGAGAACACGUCGCUGUAAUCGUCAAAAUCAAUUGACUCGGUGAAUAGCGGGUCUGCCGGUCGAACGGGAGCGGAUGGCCGGCGACGUCGUCAUCGCGCUGCACCGACCGCUGCGCGUGCACCAGUUACCGAGCUGCGCGCCGAUAAGACUCUGUAGACGCGUCAUUCUUGUAUAGUUUUUAAUAAAAACCAGCGCACGCUUCGCCGUCUUCCUUCGUCGCAGUCGAAGACGACUGUUGUCCCUCGACAGGAUUUUCCUUAACCUUUCAGCUGCAGGACUAUUCGCGGGGCUAUCUUUCAUUUGACGCGAUAAACGUGACAUCGCAUUCGAGACGGAAUCGUCCAGUGUGCAGUGACGUUAAGUCGGACUAUAACGCACAACUAUCGACGAGAGACAGAGUCGCGCCGCCGUAAUGGCGUGUAGUAGCUGAAAGGUUAACGAUCGAGAUCUGUUCUGCACUCGUUCCUCUGCCACAUCCGAGCACGAUUUCUCUUUUGUUCUUCCGUACCGUGCGCCGCGCCUCUACGACUCCUUUCCCCUUUUUCAGUAUCCCGUACCCUAAGCGCUUUUCGUGGACCCCCUCCCCGCGGGUUUCUUGUCCUCGACGGAGCGACUCCUUUCGAUCUCGUUCGAAAACGAGCGACUUUCUCGCGCUGGACGCAAGGACUGCCGCGGAAAAAGAAGAUAAUCUACAUCUCCGUUCGGCCUUCGUCGCGGUGUCCGGUCGGGCCGACCGUUAUAUCUUAUCGAGAAAGAGAAGCGCGCACCGCGCGCAGAGAGAGAGAGAGAGAGAGAGAGAGAGAGAGAGAGUGGGAGGGAAAAAGGCCGGCGCUGAUAGGUCUCGGUCUAAUCCGCGGCGUGACCAUCGACGAG